AUGGAUGAGAACAGCCCGCUACUGUCCCCGGUGCGGGACCCGGAGUGUGAGCCCGCCUCCCCGGUACAGCUGAGCCCCGCCUCCCGGUUCCCCGGUCUCCCCGGGGUGGUGAUCCGGGUCCCCCAGGGCGGACCGCCGCCCCCGCCGGCUCCUUCCCCGCCCGGAUCCCCCACCGAGAGGGAGAGGCAGCCGCUGCUGGACCGAUCCGGCGGCCGGGAGUACAACUACUUCCCGGAGGAGCCGGAGUUCGGGGAGGUGGUGCGGAGGGCGGAGCGGGCGAUCAGCCGGGGGAUCUUCCCGGAGAGGAUCUAUCAGGGGUCCAGCGGGAGCUACUUCGUCAAGGACGAGCAGGAGGAAAUCAUCGCAGUGUUCAAACCAAAAACCGAGGAGCCUUAUGGUCAGCUCAACCCCAAGUGGACGAAAUGGUUACAGAAACUCUGCUGCCCGUGCUGCUUCGGGAGAGAUUGCCUUGUCCUGAAUCAGGGAUAUCUAUCAGAGGCCGGGGCCAGCCUGGUGGACCAAAAACUAGAGCUCAACAUUGUUCCUCGUACACGGGUUGUAUAUCUAUCCAGUGAAACCUUUAACUACAGUGCCAUUGACCGUGUGAAGUCCAGGGGGAAGAAACUGGCAUUGGAAAAAGUGCCAAAAGUCGGUCAGAGGUUUAAUCGGAUCGGAUUGCCUCCCAAGGUGGGCUCCUUCCAGUUGUUUGUUAAAGGCUAUAAGGAUGCAGAUUAUUGGCUGCGGAGGUUUGAGACGGAACCCCUCCCUGAGAACACAAACCGGCAGCUCCAGUUACAGUUCGAGAGGCUGGUGGUCCUGGACUUCAUUAUCCGGAACACAGACCGAGGGAACGAUAACUGGCUGAUAAAGUACGACUAUCCAAUGGAGAAUGCAGCCAGUCGGGACUCGGACUGGGUGUUGGUUCGGGAACCCAUCAUCAAGAUCGCCGCCAUAGACAAUGGCCUCGCUUUCCCUUUAAAGCAUCCGGAUUCCUGGAGAGCGUAUCCCUUUUACUGGGCCUGGUUAUCACAAGCCAAAGUCCCGUUCUCCCAGGAGAUCAAAGAACUCAUCCUGCCCAAAAUUUCAGACCCCAAUUUUGUCAAAGACUUAGAGGAAGAUCUUUAUGAGCUGUUUAAGGUACGACUAUCUAUAUAUCUACUGCGUCUAAAGGUAAAGUCACACGACUAUCUAUAUCUACUGCGUCUAAAGGUAAAGUCACACGGCUUUCUAUAUCUACUGCGUCUAAAGGUAAAGUCACACGGCUUUCUAUAUCUACUGCGUCGUCUAAAGGUAAAGUCACACGGACUAUCUAUAUAUGCUGCGUCUAAAGGUAAAGUCACAUGGCUUUCUAUAUCUACUGCGUCUAAAGGUAAAGUCCACGACUAUCUAUAUAUACUGCGUCUAAAGGUAAAGUCACACGGCUUUCUAUAUCUACUGCGUCUAAAGGUAAAGUCACACGGCUAUCUAUAUAUGCUGCGUCUAAAGGUAAAGUCACACGGCUUUCUAUAUAUGCUGUGUCUAAAGGUAAAGUCACACGGCUAUCUAUAUAUUCAGAAGGUCAGAAAGUUCCAGAUGUGCGCUUACAAAACGGGUUUUCUUGCCCAGUAAUCUCACCGAGAUGCACUCCAUUGCACACAACGCUCCCUUACCCCCUCUUUGGCAGCCCCCCACUGGUGCUCCCUUCUCCUUCUUCCUCCGGGUACCUUCUCAUCCAGCCAGGUGCUAUUGA